AUGAAGUUAUGGGCCUAUUGCGACAAUGACAAGACUCAGACAAAGAUUGGCAUGCGUGAUGAUAUCGCUAGCUUCUACUAUAUCCAUACGUACAAUGAGAUCAAGCGACAUAUCCCUGUAAAGAGCGAACCUGGGAAGACACGGACCUUCAGUAUGUGUUCCGGUGAUGAUUCAGAGACGUUUGCUAUGCCUCCAAUCAAGUCGGAAACUCCUGCAAAACAUCACACUCCAGGAGACUCCAACGGAAU